AUGAUCAGUUUCGGCGCGCUCAGCAAGGGGAUGUGUGGACUGGCGAGUUCCUUGUCAGACGCAGAGACGGCUCGCCUUUCCCCGCCAUGCGACAUCAAGCGCAAGGAGGGCGAGAUCCGCGCGCUCAACGCAGCGCUGGAGGAGCGCAUUGUGGAGCGCACGGAGCAGCUGCAGCGCAACAACCAGGUGCUGCGGCAAGAAAUGGAGGCCUUAUCAACUUUUGACUCGCAAUCCUCGGUAGCUCCCUCUGAUCCCUCGUCGUGCUGCCACCCUCCCAUUCCCAUCUUGUUAUCGCUCUCCGUUCUAUUUUUCCCCUCUCCCCCUCUUCCCCUCUCCCUCUCCACCCCGCAUCCUCUCACCCUCCCAGCUGCCCCACCUACCUGGAGUGUAGCGCGCAUGGGGUAUGAAUGCACCAGCGCUGCCAACAGCCAGGAUGCCAUUCGCGGCCUGCAGGCACACUCGUUCGACAAAGUGCUCAUGGACGUGCAGGUGAACGGUGCAAUGCGAUGA